CUCAAACAAUAUCAGAUCCCCAAAUUGAAGAAUCGGUCCCAAAACCCUCCCCCAGCCCCAACUCCGACACCGACGCCCUCGUUGAAGACCAUCCCUCUUCCCUCUCCCGACAUCGUACCUCUCUCGACAUUGUCGCCGAUGACGAAGCCCCGUCGAAGACCAUCCCACGUUCUCCGUCGUCGGCGUCUACACCGUCACCGUCAUUAGCUGUACCUUCCCCUCGAAGGUAAUGUGCUCAGUCCACCUCUGAGCAGAAUCCGAUGCCGAGCAAGCUUUGUGUUGAUGAUCCGAAGAGGGAUUACUCAAGAUGGUGUUAGUGAAACGGUGGAGCAAAUGUAAUGUGCUGCCUCAUUUUGGACCAAUGUCUCUAGGUCAAAAGUGAAAAGUUUAAGGCAUUAAAACACAGACAAGUCCCACAACAUGGUCGAGAUCCUGAAGAACAAGAGAGAGGAGAGUCUCUUGAAGAAGAGGCGAGAGGGGAUGCAAUCUCAAGCCUUUCCCUCUUCGAUCCCCACUUCUAUAGUAGAAAAGAGGCGGGAGAGUUUGCCGGCGUUGGUGGCCGGCGUGUAUUCAGACGAUAAGAAUUCACAGCUUGAAGCUACAACACAAUUCAGGAAAUUGCUAUCUAUAGAGGGAUGUCCCUCAAUCGAGGAGGUUAUCCAUUCUGGUGUUGUUCCUCGGUUUGUGGAGUUCCUUGUCAGAGAGGAUUUUCCUCAAUUACAGUUCGAAGCGGCUUGGGCUCUUACUAAUAUUGCUUCGGGGACUUCCGAGAACACUAAGGUUGUGAUUGAUCAUGAUGCUGUGCCUAUCUUUGUUAGGCUUCUUGCUUCACCGAGUGAUGAUGUUAGAGAACAGCUUAUGGAAUGCCCCUCUUCACAUGAUAAAAAUUGAAGCUGGUGUUUGUCCUCAGCUUGUCGAGCUUCUUCUGUAUGUAUAAUUUGUGUUUAUUUGUGUUUGGUUUAUGUAUAUUUUGUUUCACAUAUGAAACCAGGUUUAACUAUAUCUCGGCUAGUAGCAUGGCCUGCUGACAAGGUUGUAUUGAAAAAUAUCUCAAUUAACAAUGUGGAAUCUCCAAACA